AGUCAUUUAUAAAACGCUUGGAAACAGGUAAUAACAUUGGGAUGCGUGUCCUUUCGUCACCUAAUCUGCAAUUAAUUGCUUCACCCCCCCCAAUCUCCUUCAACUUCCUUCUUUAUUAACCCAAUCCUCUCCUUCACUUCCUCCAAUUUCCAAAUCAUCAAUUUAGAAGAAACAUCUCAGCAAUGGCCACUGAGCUCAAGUCCCAAGCAAUUCUUGAUCUCUUGAGUCGCUUCUUCGAGACAGACGAGGGUAUUAAACUUCGCAAGAAGAUUAACCUUGUUUAUCAGUUCCAUCUUGCCCCCAAGAAAAUUGGGAUCGACGAGGUGAUUUUUACUGUUGAUCUCAAGGAAGGAAAGGUUUCUCCAGGUGCAUAUGAAGGCAAGCCUGAUGCUACAUUUUCCCUUAAGGAUGAAGAUUUUGUCAAGCUUGCUGAGGGAAAAUUGAAUCCCCAGAUUGCUUUCAUGAGAGGUGCUCUGAAGAUCAAAGGAAGUUUAAGUGCUGCGCAAAAAUUCACUCCUGAUAUCUUCCCCAAGCCGGCGAAGCUCUGAGCUUUAUUCAACUGCUCCAAUUUUGUUGGAUUGGAAAUUUGAUCAAAUUUAUAAUCUGUAUCAGGUUUAAUAGAAACGCUCUUCUUGUUUAUCAAUACCUAUUGCUAAUAGGUUCAUAAUUUAUUCCUGUAAUAUGGUACUUGAAUGGUUCUGUUCUUGAAUUCAAUCUUCAAUUACAAGUUUGCAUAAUUAUCUUUAUGAAA